GUGCAAGACUUCACCACAUUUCCACUACAGCCGCCUCUCAACCUUCUUUCUUCCACUACUUUGAAUACAAUUCUACAUUGCUCAUUAAUCCCAUUGCCGAAUCACUCGUACCCCGUGAUUAUUCUCCCUGAGACGAACCGCAGCGGCAAGCCGAGUACAGCUGCCUUCAGCUGGCCGCCAAACCUCAGCCUCGUGGGAAGCCUCCCCUCAUCGGCUCGAAAAUGGAAGCGACCGAGGCUUUAAAUCCCAAUCGACUAAAGGAUGUUCCUACGGCGGUAUUGCCACUUCAGCAAGACACACUCGAAUUGACUUUAGAGUCUCUGCCACAAGACCGCGAGGCUAUCCUUGGUGCAUUGAUGAUAAGAACGCCGUCUUCAUACUCCUUCCCAAAUGCCACCAGGUCCAAACGUCUACGGGUCCAGAUCCCCUGUCUCGUUCUCAACGCCUCGAGUUCCGACUGUAUUGAGGUCGACUCUAUUAGUCCCGAUGGCUCCCUCUUAGCAACCUACUUUGUGCCCAUACCGAUGGGAAUCAUCAGCCUGACGGCUACCGUGUGUGCAUUCAUCGAUCCCGGCAUCGUGAUGGACCUGAAGAACCUCGUGACGGAGCUGCUAUGGAUGGGAAUUGGUGGCGCACAAUGGGACAAAGCCCUCGCGAGGAAGCCAUCCGUUUGUCCCGAAGGCUCUUACUCCUCCCCAACGCUUAUAGCAAUCCAAUCCGCUAGCGGGUUUUCAUUGAAACGCGUGGCUAUGCCAUGUAGCCGGCCUGGCACCGACCCUGUUGCCGAACCUGUUGCCCAACCCCUUCCCAUUCGUUUCUCGCACCACCAGUACUCUUAUAAGGCGUCUUCGACAUCGACUUGGAUCUCUUCGAAGACCAGCACGAGCUCUACGGCUACAUUCACGACCGCUAGCAGUCGGGCCUCAUACGUGACUGCUACAUCUACGAACAGUCACUCGCGCUCUGCUUCCAGAAUCCGCAACAGGUCAAUGGCAAUCCCCGAAGAACUUGCCGUCUCAAACGUAUCGGGAUCAUUGGUCAAACUAAGCGUGGAAUACGAGCAACAGCUGCAGGAGAAAGAGCUCGUACAGCCUUUUGAUCAAGAGCUGAAUUGGUCCGGAAAGGGGCAGCACACAGUCUACCUGCCAAACGAAGAGAUUCCUCUCAAGGUUUUAGCUCAGCUGGGUGCGUCCAGCUCCGCAAUCGUCGACAAAGUCCUUUGUCGCCGUAUUGCCCUGGCAAGGAAGACAAUGAGAUGCACGCGCAAGUGGGGAGUAUCGGAUGCCAUAGGCGAGGUAUAUCAUCUGCAGAAUCUUCGACACUUCCACAUCAUCCAGCUGGUCGGAUCCUAUCUUCAAGCACGGAACCUCGCCCUACUCAUGUAUCCCGCGGCCGAUUGCCAUCUCGGCACCUUCUUAGAAGAUACAGCGGAGAUGCUAGACGACUAUCGAAUUGCGUACCCUAUUGGGCAGCAUUUUUCUCCUCGGACGCAUUUCCUAGCCUCCAGCUUGGGUUGCCUGGCUUCUGCAGUGGCGUAUGUACACGAGAAUACCACGAAGCACAUGGAUAUUAAGCCGCAAAACAUUUUAGUCCGAAAGAUCUGCGAGCAAUCCUCAUCCUCAACCGAGCAUCACUGGUGGCGCGUGUACCUCGCCGAUUUCGGCCUCUCACGCUCAUUCGCAUCCCAAGACCACAGCCAAACCGACGGGCCCACGUCACGAACGCCGAAAUACUGCGCCCCCGAACAGUACAGUUACGACUUUCGCGGUCGUUCAGCCGACAUAUUCCCCCUUGGCUGCGUCUACACCGAGAUCCUCACUGUAGUAGCCGGAUUGCAACCGCACGAAUUCGCAGAUUUUCGUCGCGGCGAUGGGCAAGAUGAGUCCUUCCACGGGAAUCUCGACAGGGUGACAGAAUGGGUGACGACCAAGCUGGCGCCUGGAGAAGAGUGGUCCACUUCGCAAUCGUUACAGAUUCUGAUCCUGGAGAUGUUGCUCGUGGAUCCGACGAAACGACCUACCGCUGCCUCCGUUGUAAAGUUUUUCAGCGAGGAAAGUAAUUAUCGCUUCCGGCUCAAAGGAUGCUGUGGACAGAAGCCGGAGCCUUAUGUCGCUUACCAAUCCACUCCUGUUGAAGACGUCUGGUAGUUCUUGAGAGCGGGUUCGGCUGGUUCAACUCAUUCUUUGGCUCCCAGGGCAUUUGAAAACCGACAAACCGCCUCUCUGCGUAACGUUCACAUAAUCAUCCGCAAAAGCUUGGAAUCGACGCCAUCAUGGCUACUUCACCGUCAUAUCAGCCAAUUCUUGCCCAGGCAGUAGGAGUAUGCCGUGGCUACAGUUCGAAGCUCCUGGAAAUAUCAGCAAGCCAAGCGCACGCUCGUAUAAGAUCUACCCGGCCUCCCUUAUGUGAGACUUCUGCACUCUCAUUGGGCCUUUCCGACUCCCAUCAACG